UUCCCGGAAGGAGGGUGCUGUCUGGAGGUGCCCUCAGGGCCAAGCAUGGCCGGAGACCUGGAGCAGCUGCGGGAGAAGCUGCAGCUGAGCCCUGCUGCCCUGCACCGCCAGGAGGCCAAGGGGGCGCCACGGGAGCCUCCUGAUGUACAGCACCCUGCCCGGAGCCACUGCCAGCUGGAGCCACUAGGCAGAGAUGCUGGAGCCAACUGGCGGGGGCAGCUGAGGGCAGCUGAGCGCAGUGGGAGCCAACCUGCGGGGCUGGAGUGGCUGGGCCGGAGCCCCCCAAGGCUGGGGCCCCCCACCCAUCCUGACCUGAGGGCCGGUAGCCCUGAACGGCCCCGGUUUCCGCCCCUGUCGCCCGUGUCCCGGGCAGGCAGCGACCCCGGGCUGGUGCCCGACCACUGUUCAGGCCCUGGUGCCCGCAGCAACUCCGAGGGGCAUCUAAGCCCACCCCUUGCCCUCCGCAGCCAUGUGGGGCGGCUGCGGGCACAGGAGAUCCGGCGGCGCCGGGCACGGGCCACCGAGGCUGACUUGGGGCUCCUGAAUGUGGGUGGGGAGGCGGGGGGCUUCCAGCACCCGCUGCUGGAGCUGGCCCCUCAGCUCCCUGCCGUCCCCUCCCUCCUGCUGCCCCCUGACAACAGGCCCCUGGAGCCCAGCGUGCUGCGCAGGCUCAAAGAGCUCUUUGCCCAGCAUGACGCCCAGUGCACGGCGCUGCACAUGCUGCACAUGGACUGCCUGGCCACCAGGAUCACAGGGGUCACUCAGAAGGAGCAGCGGGCAAUGGGGGUGAGCUCAGGCCUGGAGCUCAUCACGCUGCCCCACGGGCACCAGCUGCGCAGAGAGCUGCUGGAGAGGCACAGGGUGCUGGCGCUGGGCAUUGCCGUGGACCUGCUGGGCUGCACGGGCACUGUGGCAGAGCGGACAGCCACGCUGCACCACAUCAUCCAACUGGCGUGUGCCCUGCGGGAUGUGGCUGGUGACCUCUUUGCCCUCUCAGCCGUCAUGAGCGCCCUGCAGCUGCCCCAGAUCGCGCGGCUGGAGGAGACGUGGAGAUGCCUGCGGCAGAAUCACACUGAGAGCGCUGUGGCCUUUGAGAAGGACCUCAAGCCCUUCGUCAGGCGCCUGAGCCGGGGGGAAGAGACCAGCACCCCAGGGGCUGUAGCAGUGCCCUUUGUGGUGCCCCUGCUGGGGCUCCUGGAGGGCGAACGGCUGUGGGAUGACCAUGAGGACAGCUGCGAGUCGCUGCUGCGGACACUGGGUGCUGCCCGGGACAUGGCUGCCCACACCGGACGCUACCAGGCCCAAGCAGAGGCCACACUCCAAGGCUUCCAGCCCACCCCCGAGCUCCUGGAAGCCUUCCAGACGGAAUUUGCCCUCCGCCUCUUCUGGGGCAGCAAGGGAGCAGAGGCCAGCCAAGCAGAACGCUAUGAAAAAUUUGACCGGAUCCUUACCGUCCUGUCUCAGAAGCUGGAGCCAGCCAGGAAGACAGAAACUUAGGAUCUAGCCAGAUCUGACCCCCAAGGGGGAUGGGGGGAGGGGGUGUGGAUCUCUACAUUGGGACAGCCCCCAAAGCUGGUGGGAUGAAACAUAAGACAGGUGGAGGGGGAAUAGGCAGUGUUGGGAUGGGGAAAAAUAGGCAAGAACAGCACCUUGGUUCUUUUGUAUCCUUAAAUUAAAAGAACCUGGAAGAUCUUCCAAUUCUCUUUCCCCCCGGCUGAGGCAGGGCAGGGGGUGAAAACCUUGGCUGCAAAAGGUGCUGUGUGCCCAUCGCUGUCCCAGGACCCCUGUGGGCCGUUCUGCCUCUCACAGUCCAGGGGCAGCGGCAGAGAGGCACCAGCAGGAACACUGCCCUGACACCAGGCAAUGGGGAAAGACAUGUGCUAGCAACUUAGAUGCAGCUAGCCCAAGGGGUGGUUGGAGGAGAGGGUCGUGGCAGGGACUAUGAGGGAGGUAGAAGGUAGAUUUGGGGGCAGAUUGAUCACAGAAUCCAGGGUAAAAUUACUCAGGAAUCAGUGUAGUGUGUGUCCACACACCCUUACCACCAUUUCUUUGCCUACUAAAGACAAGGGCUAGUUAAACCAGCACAAAAAGGCUGUUUGUUGUGUGCAUCCCCCACCCCUCCACAGAAUAAGAUCCGGGGCACAUGACUCCACAUUAAGCAUGUUGUGUGUCCGCAACUUUUAAAUCACAUUUUCCUCCCUGCUUGUUAAGAGUUAUUUUAACAGCAAUAAAGGCUGUUUGUUACACACGCA